AUGUCAACAACAGAGAACACAACAACUGCUAUCGUUCAUGAAGCUAUAAGUGAAGAAUAUGAGUGGGUUCAGUUUAACAAACAACUCCGUCUCAUUCGUUCGGUCAAAGACGAUAUGUACCAAAUGCAAAGUAUUUUGAAUACUCUUCGUUCUACAAAGCAAGCAUACCAUUGGUUUGAAAACCAACAGACAAAAGAACUUUUAGAAGAAUUUCCUCAUAUGUUUGCGACCCUCGGAAAACCGAGGGUCGAGAUUCCGUACGAAAAUCGUCAAAAUUUGCCAAAUGGUUUGAGAGGCUGGUAUGUACAUAGACUUCUUGUAAAUGCUGUUGCAAUGUGGGCUUCACCUCGUUACGCUUGUUAUAUUUUCAUGAUGUUAGAUGAAAUUCAUAGACAAGAACGUGAAGAGAUGGAAAACAAGCUUGAAGCAAAAGACAAAAGCCUUCAGAAAAGAAUACCACGUUCGGUACCAAAAGGAAAGGAAAAGAACUAUAAGUAUAUGAUUUAUACUGAAGAGAUGGAAAAUGAAGAAGAUAAAGAUAUG